AUGCCGCGCGAUGAUCUCGAGACCAAGGAUUUCCUGCUGUCGAAGGCUGCCCGCCUGGACCGCGCGCUGCGAUCACUACCCAAAGCCGACCUGAAAUCCUUGCAGGCUGCUUCCCACAAGAAAGCACGCAAGCUCCUGCGCAGCCUAUCUUACCCCGCCAGACCACAGGCCAAUGGCGACACUGCCGAGACGAUCCAGAACCGGAUCGAUGUGCUUGGCACCAAAAGCACUGCUGCGUCCACCGCCAAACAGAUCCCACCGCUCACCGAAGCACUUCACAUGGGACAAGAUAUGGUUAGUGUCCAAGCCUUCGCCAUCGAAGCCCGACAGCCACUGGCAGAAGACCUGUGUACCGAGGCCCUUCGACGUACCGGCGCCAACUUGGAUUGGGUACGGCUCGAGCCGCUGAGCCACCACUGUGAAGGCCGGUGGCCUUCCCUGGAGACCUUCACGAGGUUCUAUGACAUCCCUCCGCACCUCCGGCCAAAGCCACGUACGCCGCCUCCACCUUCAGAGCCCAGUCCGGAGCCGCCGCGCCCGACCAUCGGCUGCAUCGAGGAGGCGAAAGCCUUUGGACGCUCCUCGGAUCUGCUCGCAGCUCUUGUCCGAAGCCUUGCCGGAGAUCCUGGCUUAGGAGGAGACUCAGUGCACCGAGCUCCAAGCCCGGACCAAACGGAAGCUCUACCAGGCCUGCCAGAGUUUGGAGACCCUGAAGCAGCCGUUCUUCUAGGCACUCGUAGUGGAAGUAACGGUCCCAAUCUUGGACGAGACGAAGCACUGCCACACCCGGAAAGAGGCAGUGAAGCUCUCGAAGAUGGAGAGCUUCGUGACGGCCAGGGGAAUGCGGCUCGUCCGGAGCUGAGGGCUGGAGGUUCGGAUCUGCGCGACCGCAGACCUCCGGCUCCGUCCUUGCGGUCCUCCGGGCACAGUCCAGGAGGUGUGCGAGUGGGUCCUGGCAUCAAGACUGGGCGGCUUCGGGGCAUUCCAGCGACGAAACCGCCCAGGGGCAGCCCGGUCCGUUGA